AUUCUGUGGUUUCAACCUUAGACAAGGGUUUCAACUGGUUUCAACAGUUUUUUUUAGGUUAAUGUGUAAGGUUAUGUUAUUUCGUACCGCAAGGCCCCAUGCUUUAAAAUUUAUUCGUACUGCACGUGGUACUGUUUCUACUGUUUUAUAAAUAAAUAAAAGGGCAGAUUUGUUUUAUUUAUACAAUGGGUUUUUCUCCUGGUAACAGAGGUGGAGGUGGUUUUGGUGGUCGUAAAAGUUUCGGCAGCGACGGCGGCGGUAGAGGAGGUCGAGGAGGUGGGAGCCGAGGAGGAUUUGGGGAUAGACGCGGAGGAGGUAGAGGUGGAUUUGGUGGGCGUGGAGGAGGAGGUGGAAGAGGUGGAUUUGGAGGGCGUGGCGGCGGUGGUCGCGGUGGAGGGGGCAGAGGUGGCCGAGGAGGCGGCGGUGGCGGAUUUAAAGGCGGCAAGACGGUUAUUGUUGAACCUCACCGACAUGAAGGUGUAUUUGUUGCUAGAGGCAAGGAAGAUGCUCUAGUUACCUUAAAUUUGGUCCCUGGUUCUGAAGUAUAUGGAGAAAAAAGAAUUUCUGUUGAAAAUGAUGGAAAUAAAAUAGAAUAUAGAGUAUGGAAUCCCUUCAGGAGCAAAUUGGCCGCUGCAAUUUUGGGUGGAGUUGACGCUAUACAUAUGGCUCCCGGUAGCAGGGUUUUGUACUUAGGAGCAGCAUCAGGGACAACUGUAUCACAUGUUUCAGAUAUAGUGGGACCGGAAGGUUUAGUAUAUGCUGUGGAAUUCUCUCACAGGUCAGGUAGAGAUCUAAUAAAUGUUGCUAAAAAAAGGACAAAUAUCAUUCCUAUUAUCGAAGAUGCUAGACAUCCUCAUAAAUACAGAAUGUUAAUUGGAAUGGUCGAUACCAUAUUUGCGGACGUUGCUCAACCUGACCAAGCCAGAAUAGUAGCGCUUAAUGCGCAAUAUUUCCUUAAAAAUGGAGGACAUUUUGUGAUUUCUAUAAAAGCCAGUUGUAUAGAUUCGACAGCACAACCUGAGGCUGUGUUUGCAUCAGAAGUGAGAAAACUGCAAGCUGAUAAGCUAAAACCUCAGGAACAAAUUACCUUAGAACCCUAUGAGAGAGACCAUGCCGUAGUUGUGGGUUUAUAUAAACCUCCCCCUAAAAACUAAUGUUAUUCGUUAAUUAAAGUUAUGUUAAGUGAGAAGUUUUUUUCUGGUAUGUGAGAGAUUUACCAAGAUAAAUAUAAAGUCAUUUUUAUGUAGUUUUAUGUCUUUUAUCUUUAUUUCAAUCAGAUGUUAGACUACUUUUUAACUAAAAUGCAGAUGAGACUAAACUAGGCAAAUUUUGCUGUUCUUUUACUGGAAUAACAAUUGGUAGAAUGCAAGUUUUGAUAUUUUUAGAAUUACUUAAACAGUUUGAGAAUUUCAUUUUCAGCCAUUAAAAUUAAUUGACUGAUAAGACUACUAUACUUUGUCUGGUGAAAGAAUGUAUUGUGUGGGUACUGAAUUUUCGUAAAUGAAUGACAGCUGUAUACCACUUCUCAAAAGCCCCGUUCUCAGAACUACGUUUUGUCGCUGGCUCUACCUGGUUGACUAAACGAGUUUAAAUUUAAAAUUGACAGCUGUUUGAAUUUUGUACAAAUCUCAUUUGUUCUUUUGACGUGUCGCUGGCGGCACUAUGAAGUUCUGAGAACGGGGCUUAAUUCAACAGUAGAUUGGUUUUUCUGUCCGUUGGUUAUCUGUGGAAAUCAUUCUAUGACCGGGCAGGCUAUAAUUUUCUUUUGUUUAAGACAAAUGAUAGGAAAAUAAUAAUAAGUUAUUUUCUUAAGAUAUUCCAUAUAUGAAAUGCAUUUAGAGAAUAAAUAUUUUUAAAAACU